UUCCUUGCAGGGGCAGACUGACCAUUUGGAAACUCGGGCACUGCCCAAGGGCCCAGGGUCAGUAGGGGGCCCCAUGAGAUGCCCCUGGUACCUUUUUCAUAGGCUUUUUUGAGUUUGGGCAAGGACACAGGGGCCCCAUGAUCCCCUAUUGCCUGGGGGCCCCAUGAGUUGUCAGUCCACCCCUGGUGCCUUGUACCUUACAGUAGAGAUAAAUGAACUUGUGAAAAGAUUGACUAGUAGUUGUGGCUUGGUCAAUCAUUUAACAUCACCAGGAAUGAAAAAGGUAGCCAUA